ACAGCCAGGCGGAGAAACUAAGCGGCAGCCAAGAAAUCUGCAUUUUCUUGAAAAGGGAGCCCAGAGAAAUACAAAAGACGUAAUUCCUGCAGCCUAAAACAGGUUUUGUUGACCGGAGAAGGACCACCUGAUUUCUUAAUCCUCCCAUUCUGUAAAGUCCUGUUGCAUCAUGAAUGUUAAUUUCACCGCUCCGUACAUGUCCAAUGCAUCCUUGCCAUCAUCUUCGGAUGCCAAGUUGGAUGUGAGCCGGCUCAUGGACAUGCUUCAGAUCUUCUUCUACGCCGUUCUUUUUCUGCUUGGUUCCCUGGGCAAUGGAGCUGUGCUUUGGAUCACAGCCCAUCAGACCUCACGGACCAUCAGCUGUGUCUGGUUCUUCAACCUAGCCCUGGCUGACUUUCUCUUCUCAAUCACCCGAAUUGUGCCCCUCUUGAAGAAUGCUUUUGAUAAUGGGUGGCCCUUUGGAAGCUUCCUAUGCAAAGCCAACAGCUUCAUCAAGUAUCUCAACAUGUUUGGCAGCGUCUUCCUCUUAUCUGCCAUCAGCAUAGACCGGGCAACUUGCGUAGCCUACCCAAUAUGGACCAAAAGACACCGGGACAGCCGCUUGGCAUGGGUCGCUGCCAUCGGAGCUUGGUUCUUGGCCAUUGCCACAAGUAGUCCUUUCUACCACUACCGCGGCGUAAAAACUGACAAGUCUAACAAGACCAAGUGCUCCUUUGCCCUGGAGGGAAAUGAAACUGCCAAGCUGGCUAUCUAUAUGUUGAGACUGAUUUGUGGGUUCUUGGCCCCUUUUGCCAUCAUUGUGGUCUGCUACGGCAUCAUCGUCGUGGUGCUGAGGAGACGGCGGGCUUCCAUCCGUUCCAAGAAACCCUUCCGGGUCAUCCUGGUUCUUGUGGUCACGUUCUUCCUCUGCUGGGCACCAUACCACAUCUUCCUCCUCCUCAAGUUGGCCGACGUGAAAGGCCUAGGACUUUCUAUCGGCCUCCCACUCUCUUCCUUCCUGGCCUACCUCAACAGCUGUGCGAACCCUAUCCUUUACUUUUUCAUGGGCAUCGACUUCCACCGAAAGCUGACUCUUUACAACAUAAGGGCUGCAUUCAGGAGAACCCUAUUUGACGACAGCGGCACCUCAUUUAGGAGCAAAUACAGAAAGGAGAUGGCUUCUUCCACGGAGGAGCUACCUCAGUCUUCGGUAGUCCCUCAGAUGCAUUUCAAAACUUUAACACUUCCAAGUUCAGUUUAGAAAACUCAUGUGGAUUAGGAAUUCAUAGGUGACAGGUGAGGAACACAGAACAUGGAUUCAUAGGGCUGGAAGGCGCCUUGGAAGUCUACUAGACUAGUCCAACCUUCUGCUCAAGGCAGGAUCCCAGUCAAAUGGUUGUCCAAUCUACUUCU